UUUUGAAUAGAAAAAUCUUGACAAAGGAUUCACCCAUCCGUGCGAAGAUAAAAUAAACCAGUCACUGAAACGCAGAAACAAAAACAAAUAAAAGCGAAACAAAACAAAAAAACAACUACAACAAAGGGGUGACCCCAUAACUACUUCUUCUUCUUCAUUUCUCUGCAAAACAAAGAACAAAAUAAAACUACCCAGAAAGACAAGCGAGAGGAGCGAGAUUAAUAAAAGAUGAAGGUCUUGACAAAGCCCAUGUCGAGUCCGGGUCGGGCUGAGAAGUAUCCGCCACCGUUGAUGCGGUUCUUGAGAAGCAAUGUUGGGAGCAGAAGCAGAGGGAGGUCACGUUCAAGUCCAAUGUUUGUGCUCCGAAGGAAGACUGCCGCCAUUGAAACUCAAGAACCCACUUCGCCGAAGGUCACAUGCAUGGGACAGGUCCGGGUCAGACGGUCAAAACAACCCGGGAAACGAACCGGAGCCCCGACGACUAAACGCCGGUGUAAGUGGAUAAAAAAAGCCUUCUUUUGCCGCCAUUUCGAUGGGAAAGUUAAGCCCAAGUCAUUGAGACCCGUUUGGCGCAAGUGGGUAAUGUUCUGUCGAAUGAGUUUCCGAAGUAAAAGUAAAAUUAGAGAAGAAUCGUCGAAAACAGAAUCGAAAUUUGGCAGUAAAAGUGAAGGUUUUGUUCAAGAAGAAGCUGAAGAAGAAGAAGAAGAAGAAGCUAAAGUGUUCGUGUCAACUUCUUCUUCACCGCCAAGAAACGCUUUGUUGUUAACAAGGUGUAGAUCUGCACCGUACAGGUCAUCAUCGUUAGCCAGUAGAUUUUGGGGGUCGCCAUUAGCGAGUGAAGAAACAGAGCAAGAAGAGGCAAGAACAACAACAAAAACAGAGUCACAAAACAGAGGAGACGAGAAUCCCACAUCGGGAAGAGAGUCCAUUUGCAGAGAUUCGGAUCAAGAAUCGAGAAUGGAUCCAGAAACUCAGGAAAAGUUGGGAGUUUGCAAAGAAUUUGAUGCUCCAAUUAAUAAAAUUAGAGAAAGGUUUAUGAAAUCUGAAGAAGUGAAAACAGAGGAAAUGGUAACUGUACACCCUUUGAUACUCACUAGGUGUAAAUCCGAACCGGCGAGAACCGGAGAGAGGCUGGACCCAGAUAUGAUUUUUUUAAAGAAAAGAAGGUUGGGUUUCUCAUGAAUUAGUUAAUUAAUUAAAUUUUAAUUUGUUUUUACUCAAUUUCUUUUCUAUAUGUUUGGAUUUUUUGGCAACUUAACUGAAUAUAGUUUUUCUUUUUUUGUUUUGUAUUGUAUUGUUUUGUAUUUGAUUACUCUGUAUUUUCAUCUCUGGAGCUGUACAGAUAAUCUCUAUGGCUCUAUGGUAAAAUAUAAAAUAGCCAUAAAGAUGGAGCAGUGGCUGGCAGUGUACAAAACAAUGAAAU